AUUCCCAGUAUUCACAACUGCUAUAAAACUGAUACGUUUGUGGUGUGGAUCUGCCAUAAGGAUGUCUUUCCUCUGAAACAAUAGCCAAGGGACAGGGGUUUGAGAAUGGAGGAUGCAACGAAAGAAAUUCAGACAGAGAGUAUUCAAGAACCGGAAGCCUCAAAUACGGAAAAGCACUUCCUUCCACACGAGAGCCCAGCCCAAAAGGCCUCUGCGAUUUGCUUUAAGAGAAGGAAGAAGUCGUACGCAACGGAGAAAGACGAGGAUCGUGAAUCUGAUUCACUUGCCCGAAAGGCUACAAACCAGCUCUCCAACUCUGGGCAAAGUCAAAUGGAGGCUUCAGAUUCACCGUGGACGUCAGGAGGGGCCUGGUUGUCCUUCAAGCGGCUUGUGACACUGAGGAGGAGGUCCAAACCCGCUUUGAAGAAACAAGCGCAGUCUGGUUCCCGUGUGCAGCUGGAAACAAACGUGGAAAACUCUGGCGCAAAGGAGCGCACCAGCUCCAACCUUAAAAUUCCCUGCCUAAGGUUCUGUAGAAGCAAGAAGUCCUGCCAGGCAGAGAUAACAGAGGAGGGGGAUCACGGCGAGAAAGCCACUGAAGGGGCGAGCAUUCUGGAUAACAAAAGGAACGGUGAACCAGAGUCUGUGUCUGUGGAAGGCCCUCUGAACACGGACCAAUCCGCCCUUGAAAACGAGGGCGACCGUGGGGUUGUGAACAACUCCGAAGAGGUGGCUCCAGCCAGGAGAGAGGACGCUUUUUCAGAGAUGAGUCCCGGUCCAGACCGAUACACAGACUUUACGGCUCAGUCGGAAAUCAUCCACUCUGAAACGGUCCUUGAAACGGAACAGGAGAAGCAACUCUUCCAGCUGCAUCACGGAAGUCUCUACGGGGAACCGGAGGAAGUGAGAAACGAGAGGUUUGAUUUUGAGGGAGAGGUGGGCUCCCUCCUUGCCCAGGACCUGCCGGAAAGCCAACCCAACGUCUUGGAAGGAGAAGACUCCAAGAACUCUCCUGCCAGAGAGGCUGAGCUGGAACAAUCUGGAGAGGACGUCGUGGCGGAGACCGACGGCGCCAAGGGAGGCAACUCGGUUGAAGUGAUGCUGCAUUGCAGCUCGCCUGCAUCUGAAGACGGGGCUUCAAGGGAGCCGGAGUUUCCUUGCCAGGAAGCGGAACCCGACGAAAACAAGCGUGUGAUGCCUGGGGCGGGCAUCGUGAUAAUGAUCACAGAAGCAGAGGCCUUCCAGGAGGAAGAGGAAGAGGAACCCAGCUACAGCUGCGAAACGUUUUCCUUUCCGCAAGCCAGCAAACAGAAAGCGAAGAAGAAAACCAGCAAGGGCCCCGAUUCUAAGUCGGGGAGGGAAAGCAAGACGUGUUCGCAGGCCCAGCCGCCUUUGGGUGCCAAUGACCAGGAGCACUGGGCUUCGGAACAAUACGAGGUGCUUCUGAUUGAAACGGCCGCGUCGCUCGUGAAGGCGGCCAUACAGUCGUCCAUCGAGCAGCUUGUGAAUGAGAUGGCUCUGGAGCAAAAUAAACAAAACAGUUUUCUAUGAUAGGGUCACAGGAGCUCCCUGGUGAUCUUUGGCCAGGCCCUGCCGUCAGACUUCCACAAGUACCGUACUGUAAGCGGAUUCUGAGCACCCGAGUAAAAGGCGCAAGGGAUCUGCUAUUUAAGUGGCUUGGCUGAAUUUUCUGCAUCAGGUGCCAAAACUACCUUACAGGUUAAUCCAGUAUGAAUGCCAUAGGAAGGGUGAAGAAAGUCCUACAAUAUUUGAACUCGGCAUGAAAGACAUCGGAUGAAACCCCGAGAUAAAUUGCAGUACCCACUGCGAUUAGCUUAAUUUUGCAUGUCGGUGAGACGAAUGUAUCAUGUACGUAAAAACAGGAUUUUUGGAAGGAGGGGGGUGUCCUUUGCUGCAUGGUGACGUGUCAAUGGCUUGUUCUGCGUGGUAGAUCUAGGAAAGCAAGAAGCCACCUCUUCUUUCCCUUGUCCAUUUAUUUUCCUUACUUAGAAACAAGUUGUUCAAUUCCCAUUAUUGCCAGAUGCUUGAAGAAGCCCUACGUUAAUCAAAUUUAACACCCGCCAAAUUGCUUUUGGUUAAGUUGCUGUUAGAGGCAAGUUGCUGAACGGGGGAUCAAAUUACAGAACAGUGAAUGAAGGAUAUACACACGUUGAAAUUGGCAAGCGAGCCGUUUUUAUCGGAGGUCUUGCAGAGGCCUUAAGAGCCAUAUUAGCAAAACUUCAGUGUUCAUUUAGAAAAGUGUAACUUUCUAGAGCUUUUCAGCACUGUUUUUGCUCAAAAUAAAUGUUUCGUUUUCAGAGA